CACAAUAUUACAUUAAAAUUUCAAAUGUACAGAGUAUAAUACGAAGAAAGAUAUAAUCGGCGGCGAUAUCGGAGGAAACGACGACGGCGGCAGAGACACAGAUUCGUGGCCAAUCAACUAAUGAAGACGAUAUCUCGUCAUUUUUACGGCGACUCUGAGAAAACCGCCUUCUCCAUAUCGAUAGUUGAGAACAUGAAAGAAGACUAUGGCUUAUUCGUUUGGCCUUGUAGUAUCGUACUGGCCGAGUAUGUUUGGCAACACAAACUGCGCUUUUCCGGGAAUAAUGUAGUCGAGCUCGGUGCAGGAACUUGCUUACCUGGAUUGGUAGCUGCCAAAGUUGGCUCCAAUGUCACCCUUACCGACGAUGCAAAUAGAUUGGAGGUGCUUGAGAACAUGAGAGGAGUCUGUGAACUAAAUAAUCUGAAAUGUGAAGUAUUAGGAUUGACAUGGGGGGUUUGGGAUGCAUCCAUAUUUAGUUUACACCCGAAAAUUAUUCUUGGGGCUGAUGUUCUUUACGAUGCACGAGCCUUUGAUGACCUCUUUGCAACUGUAACAUUUCUGCUCCAAAGUAAUCCAGGCUCGGUUUUCAUAACAACUUAUCAUAAUCGAAGCGGCCAUCAUCUUAUUGAGUUCCUAAUGGUCAAAUGGGGACUCAAGUGUGUGAAGCUUCUUGAUGGUUUUUCGUUAUUACCAUCCGAUAAGGCAGCUAGGCUUAGUGGAAACAUUCAAUUGGCAGAAAUCAUAUUGAACCACGAGCAAAUUGAGGAAACUUCUUCCUCUGGAGCUAGAUGAUUAUGUUUAAUUCACCUACACAUUUGUCAAUUUAUAUUACUCCUUGUAGCACAAAUGAACUAUGCCUUAAGUUCAGUAAGAUCGUAUGCUGAAAAUGAUUGGAAAAUGGUUUGUCAAGUGUUACUCGUUAGUCUCACUCUUGGUAUUCUAUUAUUGAUGCAUAUGCCAGUUUUCCUUUUGUACUUUUGCAUUA